UUAGAGCUAUAUGCCUGGUUAGACCAGACGUUAGAAUAGUAACCUCCUCCGAACUAGUCAGAAGUUUGCACGUAUUUUUUCUCUUGCCUCUGCAUUACACCUGUCCAACCUGAAGCGUUUUCUUUCUGUUUCAAGUUAUACGGCCAACAUGCUGUGCUGUGCAAUUUAAUUGCACGCUGAAAUUAUCCGUGCGUAAAGAAGGCGUCACUUGGAGAGGUUUGUUCAUUGCUUGUAGCACCAGCUUUCAGCACCCAAACAAGAGGACAGCGACCAUAGCGCAUUAGAAAUGGAGCCUUCCACGGCACCCGAUGCUGAUCUCUCCGAUCUCUACUCCGUGAUCCCAUACAAUGUCACCUUCCCCGACGAUGCCAUGGGGUUCGUGCCCGCUGGAAACUAUUCGGAGCCGAACCCAACCAGAAGUCCUGCGGGAAUCAUAAUAGCCAUCUCCAUAACGGCUCUCUACUCCGUCAUCUGUGUGGUGGGACUGCUCGGAAAUAUACUCGUUAUGUAUGGUGUAGUAAGGUACACUAAAAUGAAAACGGCCACCAACAUCUACAUUUUCAACCUGGCUCUGGCCGACGCCCUGGCCACCAGCACACUCCCCUUCCAGAGCGCCAAGUACCUGAUGAACACCUGGCCGUUCGGCGAGCCGCUCUGCAAGGUGGUGAUCGCCAUCGACUACUACAACAUGUUCACCAGCAUCUUCACCCUGACCAUGAUGAGUGUGGACCGCUACAUCGCCGUGUGCCACCCGGUGCGAGCGCUCGAGUUCCGCACGCCCGCCAAGGCCAAAAUCAUCAACGUGUGCAUCUGGAUCCUCUCAUCUGCCGUCGGCGUGCCCAUCAUGAUCAUGGCCGUAACCAAGGUGACAGACAACGGGAAGAUCGUCUGCACUCUGAAGUUCCCAGACCCUGACUGGUACUGGGACACGGUGACCAAGAUCUGCGUGUUCAUCUUCGCCUUCGUGGUGCCCGUCCUCGUCAUCACCAUCUGCUACGGCCUGAUGAUCCUGCGUCUGCGGAGCGUGCGCCUGCUCUCCGGUUCUAAGGAGAAGGACCGGAACAUGCGUCGGAUCACGCGCAUGGUCCUGGUGAUUGUGGCGGCCUUCAUCAUCUGCUGGACGCCCAUCCACAUCUUCAUCAUCGUCAAGACACUGGUGGAGAUCGAUCAGCGGAACCCCUUCAUCAUCGCUAGUUGGCACCUGUGCAUCGCGCUGGGCUACACCAACAGUAGCCUUAACCCGGUGCUUUACGCCUUCCUGGACGAGAACUUUAAGCGCUGUUUCCGCGACUUCUGCCUGCCGUUCCGUACCCGCGUGGAGCGCAGCAGCCUGACCCAUGCUCGGAACAACAUCAACGCCAACAACCGCGAGCCCGUGUCUGUCUGCGCCCCCUCGGAAGUGGGCGGGAAGAAGCCGGUAUGACUAGGCCUGGACCGGAUCCCCUAUGGCUCGCGCUCCAGGAGGGUCCAACAAGACUUGCAGUCAGAGGUCACCCAGAUCUCCACCACUGAGUUCUAGUGAUUCGCCACCUUGAGGGGAUGAUGUGAAGCUGUACAUCCGCUGCGUCAUUGUUCUCGCCAUCCUGAAAUGUGCUGAGUCAUGCCUGUGGCCAUCAAAUAUCUGCUGAGUCAUUCUACCUAACAAAUGAGUGUGAGUAUAUAUGCCAACUUGAUCAUGACUUCAUGGAUGAAGAACAACAUAGCCAAUCAUAAGACUUUUACAUGUCUCUCAAGGAGACAGAGGAAUAGAAACAGAGGGUCUUUUCGAUGGACUGUGACAGAGAACCCUUUCAUUUAGUUAUCUGUUGUGAAUUCUAACAAAGGAAUGAUGUUAGUGUGGACUUUCUCAGAGUAGUGCUAUAGUGCCAGUGUUUGGAACAGUGACUGCUUUUCUACAUUUUGUGAGACAUUACUAGAUGACGCAGUUCUGCCUUUUUUCACCAUAGAUAUCUCAUUCAGUGUCUUAUUCAGCGGCCACUCUAGCAUACCUGUGAAUGAAGUAUUCAAAACAGGACAAGAUCAAUUCAUGGGCCAUCUACAGUAUGUUUAGCUUAAAGGACAAUACCUCUGUAGACAUAAUAGACAGAAAUUCACAAAAGAAACCAGAAGACCAACAAGACAGAACGAAUCUAUAAAUCGGAGAAGCCGAGAAUGGACUUUGAUAGGCUUCCUGUCACAGUCAGUGGUUAUCAAAAGUUCAAGAGCUCCUUUGAGCACAGUGGACUCCUUGGACACUAAGCCAGAAGCGACUGACAGCGACUGAUGGAAUGCCUUGUCGGAAAGUCUCUAUGACAUGGCAGGCUUCAGUCCCAAAGGAAAGAUCCUCUGCUCUUGUCCGACAUUAUACUUCAAAGGCUGCACAAGCAGGAGCAAUUUUGGGCCCUUCCGUUCCCCUUCUACUUACGAAGCACUGAAGCGUGAGGCAAAAUAGCAGGGGAUCCUUUGUGACAGCCACAUUAUAGGUGCAGCCCUCCUGCGCUCAGUCAAGUAUAAACCCUAAACGCUGCCACACAUCUUUUCACAGGAGAUGAAUUGGGUGUGUGGGUGUGAGGGCAGCUUCUCUUGCACUUAUCCGCAGGGGAAUCAGACAGAAGUAUCCCAAAAUGUCCUUAUUCUCUCUCUCUCUCUCUCUCUCUCUCUCUCUUUCUCUGCCUCUCUCAUUCUCUCAUUCACUAACUCCAACACAAUAAGUGUGAAGAGACACUGCUGGGCUAAUCAUUGCCGAUUCUUCUGCUUCAACUGUGAUGAUUGACAAACAAAAACAAGGAAUGUGGCUUUUAAACACCUCCCAAUAAACAGUGUGGUAUCACCUGACCUGUCUCUCACCUAAUGUAGGGUCCUUGUAGGAUACUACACAUCAUGAAAAACAUUUUUUAAAGGAAGGAAUGCUGAAUUGUCAAUGCCACAAAACCUGGAGCGAUUUGAGCGAUUGAAUAUUCAGAUAUGGACCUUGAAUGGACCUUGAAUUCCUCAAAGGUUUGAAGAUGAACCAUAAUGAAUUUUUAUUAUAAGAACUAAAUAUUAUUGCUCUUCUGACAUUCAAGGUUUAAAUGGAACAUUCAACCAUGUGUAUCAUUCACAAACUAAUACUGAAUUUUCUCAUCAGAAUUAACUGAGCAUUAAGGCUUCUUUUAGAACUCUUAUAGACAGGCAUAUAACCAUAGCCAAUCCUCUUAGUAAGAAUGUCCAUGUCUGUGUGUCACAAUGAAUCUGUAGCACCAGUGGUCAGGGGUGAAGCGAGGUCUGGCAUCAGGUCAGUUACGGCACCUUCAGCCGCAUCAAUCAUCAGCUACAGCCAUCAACAGCUACGGAGCUGCCGCCUGUCGCCAGAGGAAGCUUUUCAAGAACACUGCUCUCAUCUGCAUAAUUCACUACGCAGAUCAAUAACUUUAAAUUAAUGUUCAUAUAUCUUAAGAUGAAAAAAAAAAAGUCAAACUGAUCACAUCAAGUGUGCUCAGCUGUCAACCUGAACGUGCAUGGGUUGAUGUUGAAUAGCAGACCACGAGAGGGUUUUCUGUGUGUUUUCUAGGAGCAGCAUAUCUGGGUGUA